UUCAGUCCAAUGAGAACCGCUCUUCGAUUCGUCACACCCGCCGACAAAUCUCUCUCUAUAUCCCGUUUCUAUUUCCUCUCUCUUUCUCUCUCCCUCCCUCUGCGUCUAUCUUUCUCUGUCGCUCCGUCUUGCGGAAUAUAGCCGCCAAUUUUGAAAAAAGCGACGGCUGGUAUUCGCCACCGCGCUCCUCUCGGAGCCGCCGAUCUCGGAGCGAGCGAGGGCGAGCGAUCCGAUCACGAUUCGCGCGACGCAGUGCGUCGCGAUGCGUCGCAACGCGAUAGAGUCGUAAAGUCGCCGCGCGGCGCGUGCAUCCUCUCCGGGAGCGAACGCGUGCGAAACGCGUGCGAAACGCGUGCGGAAUUCGCGGUGCGCAUCCACCGCGCCGGAUGGGAGACACGGCGGUGCGCGCCGCCGCCGAGCAGGAAGAGGAUCCUCGCGGAAGACGGACGCUCGUCAUUCCGCGAGUUUGUUUUGACGACGGGUCACCGUGUAUACGCGCCGCUGCGUCCGCGAGAGGCGAGAGAGUCGGUGUGUCGUAAACACGUCUGUGAUGUAGUGCGCGAUUCCCGCGAGAGCGUUUAUCGAACGUACGAUCGAACGUCGAGGAACGCGCGAUCGGGAAGGACAAUCGACGUUUCCAUCGCGAGGAUACGACUCUGCGGCGAUUGUGAAAAUUGACAGGAUUGCGCGCAACAACCAGAUUUCGCAAGUCUGACGAUCGUGUACUGCGCACGCAGGUGGAUCUUAUCCUCGUUCGUGCUUAGCGAUUUAAAUGCUCCAAGUUGCGGCCGCGUACGAAAUCGAGAUCGCCGGGACGCCUCGCUAGAAUUGCUCCGAGGAAAUCGCUCUUCCCGAAGGAUGGAAGGAAGGAUUUCGCCUCUUGCCGAAGAAACAUGUCCCGCGGCGGUCGUCGCAACGCGCGAACCGGUUGCGCGCUCUUAAAAUAGUUUCUCACGCGCGUAGGUAACUGGCGCGCACAACCGCCCUCCCGCCGUUGGAGCACGAGAGAAAACGUCGUCGUAGUAGUACCAGGAUGAGAAGCUGGAGCGUAUUAUUCGUCGCAGCCGCCGUCGGGAUUCUGCUGCUGACGACCGCGACGAAACGCUCGGAAGCGUGCAACGAGGCGAUCUGUGCCAGCGUCGUGAGUAAGUGCAUGCUCACGCAGAGCUGUAAGUGCGAUCUGGUCACCUGCACCUGUUGCAAGGAAUGCUUUUCGUGCUUGAGUUAUCUGUACGAUGAGUGCUGUUCGUGCGUAGAUCUAUGUCCGAAGCCAAAUGUCACCGAUGUCAACCCAUUGAGUAGAAAAUCUCACGUGGAGGAAUUUAGUGAUCCGGUCCCGGCGCUCUUUCAAGCACUUACAGCCGAGGCAGAUCCGCACGAACGAUGGCUUACCUUCACGUAUCCGGUAGAUUUUGAUAUGUCGUUGUUCUCACCGAAAUAUGAAAAUGAAAUGAAGUACCGAUUGCAAUCUGCGGACGGGAAGCUGAGUCCGCUGAAGCCAAACAUAAUGACAGUGAAUUGCACCGUCGCGUUCAUGGCGCAAUGCAACUCCUGGAACAAAUGUCGGGCUUCCUGCCAGAGUAUGGGCGCCACGAGCUUCAGGUGGUUCCACGACGGUUGCUGCGAAUGCAUAGGCAACACGUGCAUAAACUACGGGAUCAAUGAGUCAAGAUGCACGCAAUGUCCAUUGGAGCACGAGGAUGACACGGACGAAUACAACGAUUACGGUCAAGACGAGGACGGGCUGGACGAGGAUAGAAUCGAUUAACUAUAAGUUAUAUUUUUUUUAUCACUUCGUGACGAACAGAAAAGUGCUUUGCGCGAACGACAUGCCACGACAAUGGAGAUUGUUACACCGCAGAGUUAACUUUUAUAAAAU